GAAGUGGUUCAGUCUCAGGUGUUGGAGGCCCAGGUGUUCCACUCUCCUUAUGGAACAGGGGUUGCCAUAGUAACGGGUUCCUCUCGAUUCACCUUGGCGACCAACAUCGACGACCUAAAGCUCCGGAGGUUACCUGAGGUCCCAGGUCUCCAGGGGAAGCCUGUCUGCUGGCUGGUUCUGACCCAGGACCGGCAGACUAAAGUCCUGCUGUCCACCGGACCGGAUCUCUACAUCCUGGACAACACGUCCUGCACCGCGGUGAGUCCUCCAGGUCUGGGUCCUCAGUCUGGCAGCAUCGUCCACAUGUCCGUCUCCUUCAGCUACAAAUACCUGGCUCUGUUCACAGAGACCGGACACCUGUGGACAGGCCCCUCCCACCUUCAGGACAAACUGAAUGAAGUGGACACCAAGAACACAAACCCCCCCCAACAGAUGGUCUGGUGUCGCAGGCCAAAGAGUCAGCAGCCGUCUGUGGUUCUGCUGUGGGACAAACUGCUGAUGGUGGUUGGAGUCCGUCAGGACAACAUCCAGUUCCCGAUAGAGGAACCCUGUGUUCUGGUGGGAGAAUUGGACGGGGUCCGGAUCCUCAGCUCCUCUCAGCAGGAACUCCUUCAGGAGGUUCCUCUCGUCUGUCAGGAGAUCUUCAAGAUCGCCUCCAUGGCUCCUGGAGCUCUUUUGCUGGAGGCCCACCGGGAGUACCAGAAGUCCAGUCAGAAGGCUGAUGAGUACCUGAGGGAGAUAAAGGAGCAAAGCAUGCUGGGAGAAGCAGUCCGUCAGUGUGUGGAGGCGGCAGGACACGAGUACGACUCCAUUACCCAGAAGGACCUGCUCAGGGCAGCGUCCUUUGGGAAGUGCUUCCUGACGGACUUUGUUCCCGACCCGUUUGUUCUGACCUGCAGAGAGCUGAGGGUUCUGAACUCAGUGAGAGAGAGCAGCGUGGGUCUGCCUCUCACCCACACUCAAUUCAAACAGAUGACUCUACAGGUGCUGAUCGACAGGUUGGUGUACAGACAAUUUUACCCGUUAGCGAUAGAGAUCUGUCGUUACCUGAAGAUUCCAGAUUACCAGGGAGUCAGCCGAGUCCUCAAGCACUGGGCCUCCUGCAAGGUGCAGCAGAAGGACCUGACGGAUGAGGCGAUUGCCCGGGCGGUAUGUGUGAAGGUGGGAGACUCACCUGGUGUGUCUUACUCUCACAUCGCAGCUAAAGCCUACGAGUGUGGCCGCACGGAGCUGGCCAUCAAGCUCCUGGACUUUGAGGCCCGCUCUGGAGAACAGGUUCCUCUGCUGCUGAAGAUGAAGAGGAGUCAGCUGGCCCUCAGUAAGGCUGUGGAGAGCGGAGACACCGACCUGGUGUACACGGUGGUGACGUACCUGAAGAACGAGAUGAACAGAGGAGAUUUCUUCAUGACCCUGAGGAACCAGCCUGUGGCUCUGAGCCUCUACAGACAGUUCUGUAAGCUGCAGGAACAGGAAACUCUGAAGGACCUGUAUAACCAGGACGACGAUCACCAGGAACUGGCCAACUACCAAGUUACUGCCAGCUACAGAGAGAAGAGGUUGGACAGCCGUCUGUCUCUCCUGCAGAGCGCUGUGGACGAGUACAACAAGGCAAAGAACGAGUUCUCAGCAAAGGCCACAGAGGACGAGAUGCGUCUGCUGAGAUUCCAACGCAAACUAGACGAUGAGAAAGGGGCGGGGCUUCUGGGACUUUCUCUACAGGCCACCAUGGAGGCUCUGCUGGCUCUGGGUCUCCACAAACAGGCGGAGCAGCUCUACAGAGACUUCAGAGUUCCUGACAAGAGGUAUUGGUGGCUGAAGCUGAAGUCUUUGGCGGAGAAAGAGGAGUGGGAGGAGCUAGAGAAGUUCUCCAAGAGCAAGAAGUCUCCUAUUGGCUACUUGGCGUUUGUGGACGUCUGCAUGAAGAGCAACAACAGGUUUGAAGCCAAGAAGUACGUCUCCAAGGUAAUGCCGGAGCAGAGGGUCAGAGCACACCUGGCCGUCAGCGACCUGGAGGGAGCGGCGGACGCUGCCAUCGAGAGAAAGAACGAGUCAGAGAUGGCGUUGGUUCUUUCUCGAAGCUCCACCUCCGACCGGCUGCUCAUUGACCGGCUGAACCGCGCCGCCACCGUCGCCAAAAAGUGAUCCUCCUUCAGACAGACCGUCUGCUGCCAUAAAGUGAUCCUCCAUCAGACAGACAGCAGACCGUCUGCUGCCAUAAAGUGAUCCUCCAUCAGACAGACAGCAGACCGUCUGCUGCCAUAAAGUGAUCCUCCAUCAGACAGACAGCAGACCGUCUGCUGCCAUAAAGUGAUCCUCCAUCAGACAGACAGCAGACCGUCUGCUGCCAUAAAGCGAUCCUCCAUCAGACAGACAGCAGACCGUCUGCUGCCAUAAAGCGAUCCUCCAUCAGACAGACAGCAGACCGUCUGCUGCCAUAAAGUGAUCCUCCAUCAGACAGACAGCAGACCGUCUGCUGCCAUAAAGCGAUCCUCCAUCAGACAGACAGCAGACCGUCUGCUGCCAUAAAGUGAUCCUCCAUCAGACAGACAGCAGACCGUCUGCUGCCAUAAAGCGAUCCUCCAUCAGACAGACAGCAGACCGUCUGCUGCCAUAAAGUGAUCCUCCAUCAGACAGACAGCAGACCAUCUGCUGCCAUAAAGUGAUCCUUCAGACAGACAGCAGACCAUCUGCUGCCAUAAAGUGAUCCUUCAGACAGACAGCAGACCGUCUGCUGCCAUAAAGUGAUCCUCCAUCAGACAGACAGCAGACCGUCUGCUGCCAUAAAGCGAUCCUCCAUCAGACAGCAGACCGUCUGCUGCCAUAAAGCGAUCCUCCAUCAGACAGACAGCAGACCAUCUGCUGCCAUAAAGCGAUCCUCCAUCAGACAGACAGCAGACCGUCGACGUGCUGCCAUAAAGUGAUCCUCCAUCAGACAGCAGACCGUCUGCUGCCAUAAAGUGAUCCUCCAUCAGACAGACAGCAGACCGUCUGCUGCCAUAAAGUGAUCCUCCUUCAGACAGACAGCAGACCGUCUGCUGCCAUAAAGUGAUCCUUCAGACAGAUGGAUGACCCUUCUGACCCUGACCCUAACCCUUCUGACCCUAACCCUUCUGACCCUGACCCUAAAUAGUGAUGGCAGUACUUUGACUUCAGACACAGCGUGAAUAUUAAAGAGAAGAAGAGGAAUUGGUUCUUCUUCUGUGUUUCUGUCCGAGAACCAACCGGAUGUUUUAUUGUGAAAUUUCUUUUUUUACAUUUAUUUGUGAUAUUCUGCCUCAGUGUAAGAAAUAAAUAAAAGUACUAACAUUU